CGUCCUGUAGCAAUCACACUCUGAUAUAUGAAUCAAGCCUCAUCCUACAAGUACCCCCAGUGACAGGAGCAUUCGCUUGUCUCACCACGCAAAGCCACGAUCUCUGUUCCCAACUCACACACGCAGAUCUGUCAUUGACCAUGGCGACGGAUAAAAUCCCCAGCUCGACCUCCUCAGGCGCCAUUGUCCUCUACGACAUUGGCCACAAACCCCCCGAGGCCGAGUCGUGCUUCUCGCCAAACCCGUGGAAGAGCCGCUUCGCGCUCAACUUCAAGGGCCUCCCGUACUCGACGACGUGGGUGGGAAUGCUCGACAUCUCGAAAGUGCGCCGUGGCCUCGGCGAGCCGGCCUGUCGCAAGUUUGCCGACGGCACUGAGUUCUUCACCCUCCCGAUGAUCCAAGAUACAGCAACAGGCGCCACGGUGGGCGACUCCUUCGACAUCGCCGUUUAUCUGCAGCGCACAUAUCCUGACUCGGGUGCCGGUGACUUGUUCCCUGCCCAGCCUCUCGACUACACCUAUGUGCAGAGCUCCGCCAUCAAGAUACCGCUGUCGACACCUGCAGAUGGUGGCUUCCCCGAGUACGCCCGUUUCAAUGCAAACGUCGAUGCCGCCUUUAGCAUGCACACUCCGCUCAUGGUUGGCGGCAUGCCGUUUGAUCCGGCCACCGUUGAGGAAACCAAGGCUGAAUUCGUUCGUCGCGCCGGCCUCAGCUCCUGGGAUGAUUUCACCUUGACCCGCGAGGCGCGUGAGGGGCUCACCGAAUCCUUCCGGGCGGCGCUGGGUGACCUGGCCAAGCUAUUUCUGGAAAACACAGACGGGCCAUUUCUACUAGGACAGCAGCCCAGCUACGCGGAUCUUAUUGUUGGCGCCUGGUUGCGGAUGUCGCAGAUGACUCUGCCCAAGUCGGAAUGGGAGGAAGUGAGACGCUGGCACGGUGGUGUUUUUGGGCAGCUGCACGACGCACUGGAUACUUAUGCCGAGGUAAAAUAAGGCCUCACGACUAUUCAAGGCUGUAUGAGCGAGUAUUGCAUGUGCGAGGCUAAGGUUAAUCCUGGGGUGAUCGAUGGAGUGCAUGUAUCCAACACAGACUUUGACGCGACGAGACAAGGUUGUAUUACAAUGCUAUCCAAUGAGUGACAGGGAGAAAGGGAAGGUUUAAGAUCUUAGAAAAAUUAAAUAUGUCAUGCAAGGAAUACGACAUAUAAAAUAAAACAA